AUGGCCAAAGCAUGUAAAACUAGGACAUGCUCAGAUACUAAAAAGACUAAGAGUUCUGAGUGCGCUUUAGCUUUGGUUGGAUGCAUCUCAGAUGGAAUCAAAUGCAUCGACAAAGGGAAAUGCUCAGAUUAUGGUACUAAAGAAGCUUGUAGUGUAGGUGGAACUGAUGGUGUUUGUGUGUUCAAUCCAACUUCAGGUUCUACUAAGAAUGGAAUUUGCAAAUUAUUUACUCAAUGUUCAGUUGGCAAUUCGGAUUAAAGGGCUUGCCAAAAUAUGCCUCUAACUUGUAAAUGGACUGUUGCAACAGGAACUACUUCUAGUUCAUGUGUUAUUCAUACUUGCGAUUCAGCUGCCAAAGGAACAGCUAAAUGUGUCACUAUUCCAAGCUUUGAUGGCAAGUAAUAUACUGUUUGUCAACCAAAAGGAAGUAAAUGUGUUGUAGGUGAACCAAGUUCCUUAACUUAAGAUGCUUACUAUAAAUUGAGUUAAUACACCUAUAGUUGUAAUGCUCAGACAAAGAAGUGUAUUGCAUGUGGAGCAGGAUCCUCCUCAAACAAUAAUUCAACAUCUAUAAAUAAGAGUUUAGAUAAUCCAACUAAUUCCACAACCGACAAUUAUGGGUCGUCUUUAUAUGUCCUGCUUAUUUUUAUAUACUUUAUAUUCUGA